AUGGAGGGGAAUGUUGGAAGCGAAGAGAAAGAACAAGAUUGCUCUGUGUGCCAUGUAAAUAAAUCAAAAUACAUGUGUCCUAGUUGUGGAACUAGAACGUGCUCAUUGAACUGCUUUAAGAGGCACAAGUUACAGAUGAACUGUACAGGGAAAAGCGAUGUCACAUUAAAUAAAACAAGGUACGCUCCGAAGGGACAGAUCACGAACCUCUCUGUUCAAAGGGAUUACAAUUUUUUGAUGAAAAUGGAUAGAAACUUAAAAGUCAGUGAAGAAGACCUUGCAGACAACAUUAUCGUAAAAACACAUAAAAGAAACAACAGAAGGCAAUUCGACUGGAGGAGAAACAAGAGAAGAGUCACGGAGCGCUAUGAUUUUACAGAUGAUAGGAAUAGGACUGUUAGGAACGGAAUCGUAAUUAAAAGACAGCCGAUUGGAAUGUCCAGGCAGAGGCUUAAUCGAUCAUACUUUGAUCAGCAGAUGAAUAAGUUCUUUUGGACAAUCGAGUGGAUUUUGAUUGAUAAUACAAUGAAACAGCUGGAUAGAAUCGUCACAUUUAAGAAUAAUGACUCUGCUAAUUUGGGCGAAAUACUUCCCUAUAAGUGGCUUGAAAAGAAAAUAUUACAUAAUGAUGUCAGCACGCAGGAAGAUAAACAUAAUGAUAGCAAUGACAAUGAAGAAGAUAGCAAGAAAACUCAGCCAAAGUGUUUGAAUGGUGAUAUUCACUGCUUUGUCAACCCUUUUGAUCGGAGGGGAACUCUAAUAGAAAUCAGUACUGAUAAAUCAAUAGGAGAAAGCUUAGCUGGGAUGCAAUUUAUAGAAUUUCCGACUGUGUACAUAUGUGAGUCAGAUGAUAUCAAAAAAGAUGGACUGGAAUUAAAGACACUAAAUCAAGUGGAGGUGAAUGCUGCACCAGAGCAAGCUCUAGAACAACAUUCGAAUUUGAAUAAUGGAUUUAGUUCAGAUCUUUUGGGGAAUUAUACAUCUGGAAGCGACUCAUCAGACAAUGAGCCUCCAGAAGAAUCAAGUACAAGAACAAAUACUGGGGUCAGUAUUGGUGCCGCGCCUUCUGCACAAAAGCCCGGCAUAGAGGUGGCUAAUUUAGGUAGCGGUGAUGUGGAUGAAAAACCAGAUGAUAAGCAUAACAAUCAGACAAGCACAAAAGAUCAAUUUAGUGAUUCGGCAGAUGGAAAAGCAAAAAAUAAAGAUGAUGCUGAUCCAGAAGAGUCUUCUUCUCAUAAGAUCAGUAAUAAGGAGAGGGAAGAAGAAAAAGAAGAAGAAGAAGAUACAAACUACUGUCCACCAGAGACGAUAUAA